AUGUUCCGCGCCUCUCCCUGGAUUAGCUACGACCCUGCUUCCGGAGACCCUCGAACUGAAGACCUCACCACCACUGCCAUCGCUCACAACCACUCAGAAUCUGACAUGGACGAAGACGUUGACAUGGAUGCACCCCAUAUUUCUACUCUUCGUGAAGAGGACAGUCCCCCGCCUCAAUCAUCCCCGUCACACACAGGGAAAUUCCGCGUCAACCUCGUUGUGAAUGAACCCAAACCAGGAACAAAAUUCAUCACAUUCAACGGCGAGACCGGCGAGGAGGCCCGGGAGAGCGACGAGGCGGACGAAGAGGAGGAUGUAGAGGAAGAGGAAGAGGAUCAACUCAUCGAUGAUGACGAAGAAGGCAUCAGCUCCACGGUGGUGACUCCGGGUCCUUCAGCACCUGGCCCCUCUACGCGUGGUGCUGCACCAACAAAACGAGGAAAGGGUAGAGGCGGUGGUACUAAGCGGAAGGGACGAACGGGUGCGCUCAAUCCCGCGCCGUUGAUGACCACGUUUGAAGUGUCUCCGCCAGCAAGCCAUGCGGUCAGAACAUCUCCUUCUAGAGAUGUUGCCGAUCCCGUCGACGGCGAAGGAUCUUCCCAUGCUACUAUUCUCGCAUUGAAGAAGGCUGUCCCAAAGGGUACUACCGCAGCACAGCGAGCACCUAGAAAAUCUGGUCCAAAGUAUUCUCAAUUAUACUAUCUUUCAACUCCUGUGCAUGACGAACUGAGUGAAGGCUAUACUGGGACGGCACCUUCCUCACCAACGCGUCAUGAGGCUCACACACCUGAGGUUGAAUCUAUAACAGCGCCAGCGCUCCUGGGUGUCCCGCAAGUAGACGAAUUCAACCUUGACACAGUCGCCUUGCCCCGUUAUCCCCUCCCAAGCAAACCUUUCUACGUUCAACCACCGCCUAAGAUCGGCAAUGGCUAUGCUCCUGUCAUACCACUCGACCGUUCAGGCAAAAAAGUGCGUCAUUGGCGUACAGCGAACCGUGAGAUCCGCGGCAUUGCAGGUGGGCGGUGGUUCGCGCGGUCUUGGGUAGGAGAGAAAGAUUCAGAGCUAGCGUCUGCUGCUGCUGCGGCAACAGCUGCGAACCAGCAAGCGGCAGCGGCAGCGGCGGUUGAGACCGAGAGGCUAGCAGGGGGAUCAGGGUCACUCACUCUGCCGAAACUUCCUACGUUAUCAUUGUCGGCUCCACCUGCUGGGAGAGUAGGCAACAAAGCUAGGGCUGGCAAGGUGGAGACUGUUGCGUCUUCUGCGACAUCCCGUUCUGUUUCUGCUGUUCCUGAUGUAGCCAGCGUCAGUGUUUCUCCUGGGAUUCGUGCGGCCACGCGGAAGAAAUCUCAGCUAUCAAUCGCAGUUUCGGAAGUUGACAAGGAUAUAGAGCUCGUUCUCUGA